AUGGCUGCAACUGAAGCACGAGAAUUGGCUAGUGGAAGCAUUAGUCGUUUAGGAUCACCACAUGAUAAUACAAAUGAGAUGUUGACCCCAGAAAGGAGUCAACCGGUUCUGGACCUUCCUUCUCCUGUUGUCACCUCCAGCAAUAACAUGAACUCGAAAAUAAAUAAAAGACUUCAAGAGCUGCCGGAAAACCUGCGGUAUCAAGGCCUCACACCAAGUGGCAAGCCACGGCUUUUCGUAUGCAAUGUCUGCACAAGAGCUUUUGCAAGACAAGAGCAUCUGGUGCGACACGAGCGUUCACACACCAAGGAAAAACCGUACCAUUGUGGAGUUUGUGAGAGAAAAUUUACACGUCGAGACCUUUUGAUAAGGCAUGUACAUAGAGCCCACAACGGUAGUGGAGGCGAUGCUCUGAACUCUUACCGUCGUAAGCGCGAAAGUGUGCCGCUCAUCGAGAAGUCGUCGAGCGCUGGAGAAACAGAUCGAAAUUCGGUCGUAAAAGAUGAAGAAGGUGCUGUUGCAAACAAGCAUCAAACCAUUGAUUCGGGGAAAGUGCGUAAAACACCGUUUGCAGUUCGAAGAAGAGUUUCCUUUUCUGCACAAUCGGCUGAAAAAUAUGCUGGACUAUCAAACGUGGGGCAUGUUGCUGCCGGUAUGGGGAGAGUCGAAUUCUCGACACCACAGCUCUUGCCGCUGGAUUUGACUUUGAGCGAACAGGGUCUUGCAGGAUUUAAAAAACCGACGAGUGCGGGUGGUUCUAAUUUCAAUCUACUGGAUCGGGAUACUUGGAUCAAGGAGAUGAAUUCGCUACCAAUGCUAGAAGAAUCCAGCGACUCUGGGGAUUCACCAAUGACUGGGUGUGGGCUUGUAAACCGAAGCAGUAAUUGGAGUAGGCGAAGCAGUCGUGGCAGCUCCCAACCAGGGAGAGCUUUGGGCGCACACCCGAACAGUGUCGCCACUUCCAUGGGAACAGGACACUCUAACGCAAAGCGGAAUUCAUCAUCGUGGAGAAUCGAAGGUAACAACCUUGUUGUGAACUCUUUGUUUGAAUCGAAUUCAGUUCGACCAUGUGCGGAUGAAACAGGUAUGGAUUCGAAACUAGGGGAUCGUCUGCCAAACCUAUUCCGUAGAGACCAUUGGCAAGCACCUGCACGCCCCAACAAGGAUUUCUCCCCAGAUAUCAUCUCACGUUUCAGCGAGUUCAAGUUUGCCAACAAGCGCGACACAAAUUCUUCGGGUUUGGACGCACCAUCGGCGUCAUUUCCAGAUGUGGAAAAAGCAGUCCCUGCUCCAUUGGAUGCUGUUUCAGUUUUCCAAGCGCCACAAUACCCCCGUUCACCCAUAAGAGUCGAGGAUUCUGGUAGAUUCGAUCUCUCGGAUGUCGCCGAUUCUUCCAACAGCAUCUCUCAGGAUGGCCGGAGUUACAUGGCUCUCGGACCUUCCGAAACUUCGCCAGGGACCACUCUUGAAAAUACAGCAACCUGCCAAUUUUUUACAAAUGAGGUUCGCAACAUGUGCAUAAAGACUCUGGAGUAUUAUUAUGAUAAUGCUUCCGAUUCACAUUCUGCGAAAAUAAGGAGACAGGGUUCACAGCUUCCUAGCUGUCAAGACUUGAAUCUUUACGCAAGCUAUUUCGAAUCCUCUUUCCUUGUUCAUUAUCCUUUCAUUCAUCCUAGAUUACUCACGUUGGGACUUGACGACUUCAAGAACUAUAUUCACGAGGGACAAUCGAAAUUAUCUGAGGAUGAGUUGUUUUUCAAUUCCAACAUAUGUUGUUUGCCACUUUUCAUAGCUUCCGUUGGGUCGCUAUUCAAACCAGGAGCUAGGGUUCAAAGUCUGGAUCUUUACGAGAAGAGUCGCCGAGCACUACAUGUUUAUCUGACCACUCGUAAGAAGCAAGAAGAGAAGUUGACAGAAAAUAAAGAGUCGCGCGGGAAGUUGUGGCUCAUCCAGUCACUCUGCUUGAGCGUUGUUUUUGCGAUGUUUGCUGAUCCAUUGGAAAGAAUAAAUGCCGAGAUGGUUGUGAAACAAGUUUCGGCACUUUGUUCUCUCGUGAAAACCAGUUUACUAUUCACAGCGUCAACCCCUAUAUUUUUUUUCGAAUCUUCGAGCCAGUACGUUCUUUAUGAGUCCACAGUAAGAACUGUUUUGAUGACUUAUAAGGUAUGCCAAUUUCUUAAUGUCUUUUGCAAUAUUGAUGCACCCUUAUUUUUGAAUGACCUUCAAAUUGGUGCGACUGUGAUCCCCGACAGCGAAGAGAUAUGGCAAGCCGCUGUGUUUCAGGAAACGCCAAAGCGGCAUUACAAACAGAAUAGUGCAAAAUUCGAUAAGUUUUACCGAAGCUUCGCCUUCAGCACUGUUGGGAUGCAUCUUAUUCCAGAAUUCCUUUGCAGUGCCAUGCUAUUUUAUGAGUUCAACAACAUUAAAAACAACAGGUCCUCCAUUCCACUUCAAGUAUUUCUGACCAAGAUAGAUACCAGGAAACUAGAAAUGAAUCUUCCGCACUCGAACUCACCGGUACCCAGCUCUUUGAUUUUGAUUGAGAGCGCAAUAGACAUGCGUAAUUCACUAACCUGCAUGAUAUUUUUCUGCAAAAUCGACCCGUUGUUCUCCCAAAAGGUCUGGAACAAUGCAAUUCUCGAGCUUUAUCACAGCUUUUUGAUAUCCAAGGACAAGAACAUACUUGCUCAGGGAUCAUACGGCAUAGUCACUGACUUUCUUGUCGCCCUCAACUUUUCCAUCAAGAACAUUUCGAAGCUUUUCAAGAGCAGGGACGAUACUAUUGAGUUCAACAAAUCCAAAUUGUCAGUUCUCAACCUCGAAGGCUACUACUACAAUUUUCUUGUUGUCAUCAAAUUCAUCAUGGAUUUCGAAACUACCCCAAAUUUUAAACUUCUUUGCAUUUACAAUGAGCUCAAAAAAUUGGCCAACCAAUUGCUGAUUCCGAAAUUAGCGCCCGUUUGCCCCGAAGAUUUUAGAAAAUUCACAAGAGAUUCUAAUAUGUCCAGGGCAAAGGGUACUGCUUUCUCAAUCGAUAUGGAUCAUCUGGAGAAACUCAUCAAUAAUGUCCUCGUUUACUCUUUCAACGACGCGAAUUUUCUGAAAAUGCCAGAGCAGUCAACAGCUGAGUUUGCUUUCGGAGCCAAAAAAUCUAGCGAGCAUUUGAAUGAAGAAUCUAAACAGUUUAGGUUUUCACAUGACUCUGCCAUGAACUUGAAUGAGAGUUUAAAGCCAAAAAAUCCUGCGACCGAAAAUCACAAAGAAGGAUUUGCCGAGCAUUAUCAUUUAUCGGAGAAAUAUGUCGUUGUGGCAAAGUGCUUUUUUUACUACGUUUUCGAGAACUUCGCCCACGCUCACUUUUUAGAAAAGCUGUCUCUCGAUUUCCUCGCCCUUCAAAGACAAUUAGACCAGACGGAACUCGACCCAACAGCUCACAUCCUUCAUGCAUCUCUAAGAUCUUCAGCGGAAGAUCGGUGA